UCGAAUACAACUAUAAGCUCGGAAAUAAUUCAGCUGUAAAUCGAGUUCACAUCCGUUGUCCCGGAAUUUUUUUCUUUUUUUUCAUAAAUUUGAUGACCAGAAAACUGUUCUUGCGCUCACAAACUCAGUCCCAAACUCAGGUUAGGAGUUCAUAGUGUUCUAAUUCAUCUCCAUCGCCGUCGGUUCCCAUUUUACGUAAUUCACUUCAAUUCAUCCACUUCAAUCUCAAUCUCAACCCCAAUUUCUGCGCACUCCGCCGGCGAUUCGUCUUCUUCCCGCCAGAUUUGAGCUCCAACGCCACAUUACUCGGCGCCUCUACUCUCCUCUGUUCCCGAUUUCUUUUUCUACAUUAUUCUUGUCGGUGUCUUUCUGAGUGUAUCCAAGGGUUUUCGGUCGGUUUGCGAACUGGUUAUGGACUUCGAGCCCUAUGAUAGUAGCGGAACCGAUGACGAUCUCCCUCCAUCGCACCAGAAUAGAAUUGCAAGAGGAGGUGGCCGUGUUUCAGGGAAUGGAAGAUCAGGCAUGGGUUCUGUUCCAUUUCACAGGAUGUAUGGUGAAACUGACAUGGAAGCUCAAAUUCAUCAACUUGAGAAGGAAGCUUACAGUUCUGUUCUUAGAGCCUUUAAAGCUCAAGCUGAUGCCAUUACUUGGGAGAAAGAAAGUUUGAUCACAGAACUCCGAAAAGAGUUAAGAUUAUCAAAUGAAGAGCAUAGAGAGCUUCUAGGACGAGUUAACGCGGAUGACAUGAUUAGAAGUAUAAGGGAGUGGAGACAGGCAGGUGGGCAUCAGCCUGGUAAGCUCAGUACCAGCCAAGCUAUUCACGAUCCGAUACCCAGCCCUACCGUCUCUGCAUCGCGCAAGAAACAGAAACUAACCCAUUUGGUUCCUCCACAGUCGUUUACUGGUCCAUCUCCAUCCUUCCACCAACAAACUAUUGCUUCUCCUCAUCAGCCAUCGUCGUCCGUUGCAAAACGAGGAGCUAUCCCUACCACCAAGGGCAAAAAACAAAAAUCUGUAGCUAAACAGUACCAAACUUCAGUUCCUAGUGGCAGGAGUCAAGUUGCUAAUAGGGUUUCUUCUGGAGCCAUUGAGGCAGCUGAAGGAGCAUCAUUGAAUCCAUUUAUUGGGAGGAAAGUAAGAACUAGAUGGCCGGAUGAUAAUAACUUUUAUGAAGCUGUUAUAACUGAUUACAAUGCUGCUGAGGGACGACACGCUUUGGUUUAUGAUAUUGGUUCUGCAAAUGAGACGUGGGAGUGGGUUAAUCUCUUAGAGAUAUCUCCGGAGGACAUCCAAUGGAUUGAUGAGGAUCCAGGAAUCCCACAUAGAGGUGGUUAUGGUGGAUCAGGUCACGGAAUGAACCGUUCGGUAGGUCGUGAUGGCUCUGGUGCAGGUAGAGGUAGAGGAGUCGCCAAGUCUCAGUCGAGAAAAUAUUUUUUGCCCUCCCAAAAUGGCAUCGGCAAGAAGACAUCCGACGAUAUACGGAUACUCUACACACCAACUCUAAUUAGAGAGUUGGAGAGAGUCUUUGGUUCAAAUCAUCCAGAUCCAGUUGAAAUUGAAAGGGCAAAGAGAGUUCUCAAUGACCACGAACAAUCACUUAUCGAUGCCAUUAAUAAGCUCGGAGAUAUUUCUGAUGUCGGAAGCGACGAAGGUGGGCACCGGUUCUCGCACGAGCAAUCCAUGGACCGGGAAUAACGAUAAUUACUUUGAAACGGAGGUGGUUCACUCUGCAAGAGCAUCCUGUUGAUAAAAAAAGGUGACUUGGAUGUGGUAAGCAAGUUUUGAGUUAAUUGGGGAGUGACACACCUAAACUCUCAAGCUCCUUUUUCCUUGUAAAAUACCAGAUGGGGUUGUUUGUUUUCUUCUAAUUCUCCCAUUUUUGGUAAUGGUAAGAAUUAAGAUAGGAAAGCUGAUGGGGCCAUACACAGACGUCAUCUGAGUUGGAAGAAGACAUUAAAAUGAAUACCCAAUGAUCAUUCUCCACGUGUGCAUUAGAGCUUUUUCUCAUCUCCAACAGACACCACAUAGCCUCCUCUUGUACUUGGAACAAAAUGGAUUUGCCCUUAUAAAAAGAUCCUAAUUAGAUUUAA